AUGGCUACCGCCCAGCGAGAGGACAGCAAACUUCAGGCCUUACGACCAAAGGCUAAUUCCAUCCAACUUCAAGAUCGAGCUCGUCAAUUCGACUCUGUGCUGUUCUAUGCGACGUCCCGACUGCUGAGUGUGAGCAACAUCAAGAAGACGGCCUUCCACCCCAUAUCCAACGGCAUGGUCGAGCGCUUUCACCGCGAGUUACAGGUCUCACUCACAUCACGGACACUGAUGAGCCUACCACUCGUCCUCUUCGCCACUCAUAGUGUGAUAUGGACUGACGCAUCCUUCUCUUCGGCAGAGCUGGUGUUCGGAAAUGCAUUGAGGUUACCUGGGCAAUUUUUCGACGGGGUGCCAAUACUAAAGCUCGACGCCGGUUAUUAUGCCAGUCGCCUCCUUUCUGCCAUGGAAGACGUCUCUCCUGUUCAGUGCCGACAUUAUUCGCGCCAAGCCUUCGUCAGUCGCGCCCUCCAAGGCUGCACGCACGUCUGCGUUAGGCACGACCUGGUUCAACAACCACUAGCAUCACAUUAUGACGGGCCUUUCAAAUUCAUCAAACGCUGUCCCAUGUACUUUGUCCUGCUGAUGAAUGGACACCCAGACAGCGUUGCGAUUGAGCGCAUCAAGCCUGUCUUCCUCGACGCCGACGUCAUAACCGCCGACGACAAACCACUUCCGAAGAACAAGAACGUUCACUUCGCCGACACAAGCACUACGUUCUAG